AUCCAUGCAAGUUACUAUGUUUAUGUCCCCUUGUUGUCUUAAAUAGAGCAAGCCCCCUGCCUUUUGCAUCAACUAUCUAGCUAAUGGCUCUCUCCGCCAUUCUCAAGCUGUUGCUUCUCCUCCAGCUCCUUUCUUCAAUCUUCUUCCCUUCCAUAUUGGCUCUCGAGAAACCUUCUGCAAAUUCUCUCGACACUCAUCUCUCUUCUCUAAGAAACUUCUGCAAAGGCAGACCGUACCCAGAUGCUUGUUUUGAUUCGUUAAAGCUUUCCAUUUCUAUUAACAUUAAUCCAAACAUCCUCAGCUUUCUCCUCCACUCGCUUCAAGCUGCGUUAUCAGAGGCUGGAAAGCUAACAAAUCUAUUAUCAACUGCUGGCAGAUCAAAUAUCAUUGAGAAACAAAGAGGGGCAAUCCAAGAUUGCAAAGAACUCCAUCAAAUCACAAUAUCUUCUUUACAAAGAUCAGUUUCAAGAAUCCAAGCAGGCGGCUCUCAAAAACUAGCUGAUGCAAGAGCCUACCUCAGUGCAGCACUCACAAACAAGAACACUUGUUUAGAGGGACUAGAUUCUGCAACUGGUCCAUUGAAACCAGUCCUUGUGAAUUCAUUGAUUAGUACAUACAAGCAUGUGAGUAACUCUCUUUCAAUGAUCCCAAGUCCUAGCAAUGGUCACAAGAAUCGCCGCCUCUUGGGAUUUCCAAAAUGGGUUUCGAAAAAAGAUGUCAAGAUCUUACAGAGUGAUGUUGAUGAAUAUGACCCAAGUGAAAUAUUUACAGUAGCUGCAGAUGGAACUGGGAAUUUCACUACCAUCUCUGACGCCAUAAACUUUGCUCCAAAUAACAGCUAUGAUAGAGUCAUCAUCCUUAUCAGAGAAGGAGUAUAUGAAGAGAAUGUAGAAAUUCCUAGCUACAAGACUAAUAUUGUUCUUAUUGGAGAUGGAAGUAAUCUUACAUUCAUUACUGGUAACAGAAGUGUAGAUGAUGGCUGGACAACUUUCAGAUCUGCAACUCUUGCUGUCUCUGGUGAGGGUUUCUUGGCACGGGAUCUAGCCAUUGAAAACACAGCAGGACCACAGAAGCACCAAGCUGUAGCUCUUCGCAUAAGCGCAGACCUUGCAGCAAUGUACAGAUGCACCAUCACUGGUUACCAAGACACAUUAUACGUGCACUCAUUCCGACAGUUUUAUCGCGAAUGCGACAUCUUUGGGACCAUAGACUACAUAUUUGGCAAUGCUGCAGUAGUUUUCCAAGCUUGCAACAUCGUAUCUCAAAUGCCAAUGCCCGGACAAUUCACUGUUAUUACAGCCCAGUCUAGAGAUACCCCAGAUGAGGAUACAGGAAUUUCGAUACAGAAUUGUUCUAUUCUUGCUACAGGUGAUUUAUACUCCAAUUCUGCAAGUGUUAAAAGCUACCUUGGCAGGCCAUGGAGGGUCUACUCUCGGACAGUGUUUCUUGAAUCCUACAUAGAUGAUUUCAUUGAUCCGACAGGUUGGACAAAUUGGUCUGGUGAUGAAGGGCUGGAGAGUUUGUAUUAUGGAGAGUAUGAGAAUUAUGGGCCUGGUUCUGCUGUGGAUAAUAGAGUUACUUGGCCUGGAUAUCAUGUGAUGGAUGAUUAUGAUGCAUAUAAUUUUACUGUAUCAUAUUUUAUCACUGGUGAUGAGUGGCUUGAUUCCACUUCAUUUCCUUAUGAUGAUGGGAUUUAAAGCAUAGGUGAUUUUAAUUUUCUAUUGAUAUUUACAUUUCUACUUGUAAUUUUCAACUAGGCUGACUAAGUAGCCUAAUAUUUCCAAAGCAUAUAUAUUAGUUAUAGAUUCUGUUUACAUGUCA